AUGCGUAGGUCAGACAGGGAGAUGGUUGAGCAACGCAGAGAUCCCGGAAGGACCAGAACUAGGAAUAUGGAGCCCGAGCAAGAAACCGGAGGUGCAGGCUUGCCAUGGCAAUAUAUGAUGCAGGAGAUGCUACAGCAGAAUCAGAUGAUGGCUCAAAUGAUGCAAGGCAUGCAGGGACAACAACCUCCUACUCAAGUUCCCGUUCCUCAAGCUGCUACUGGACCGGAUUUUCGUGCCUUCUUCAGGAUAGAUCCUCCAGAGUUUGUUGGCGGACUUGAUUAUCUUUUGGCUCAUGAUUGGUUAGCUGGUAUGGAAAGGGUGUUUCAAGCUAUUCAGUGUACUGAAGAAGAAAAGGUGAUCUUUGCCACUCAGAAGAUGAAGGGACCGGUUCUUAGGUGGUGGAACACUGCAUCUACUUAUUUCACCACACAAGAGAUUCCUAAGGAUUGGAAACAUUUCAAAGUAACAUUCUUGGAGAAGUAUUUCCCUAAUAGUGUAAGGACUCAGAAGGAGCGAGAAUUGCAGAACUUCAAGCAAGGCAACAUGUCUGUUUCAGAAUAUGCGGAGAAGUUCGAGGACUUAGCUGAUUAUUCUCGACAAGCUGUUUAUGCUCUGGAUGAACUAUGGAAGAUUGACCAGUUCAUGAUGGGUCUAAGGGCCGACAUCACUCAUAGUGUAUCCCAAAGAGAGUUCACUACUUAUGCAGAAUGUUUAAGGCAAUGCUAUGUUGCUGAAAACAGUUUGAAGAGGGUUCAAGAAGAGAGGAACCAGAACAUGACUAAUUUUAGGGAGCAAGGAAGAUCUACUCAACACUUGAGGCCCCGUAACCCUCCACCAAAGAUGAAGCAAGGCCACGGUGAUCGAUUCCCCCGACCUCCCUUUUGUGACAAGUGUAAGAGGAAGCACGCUGAGAUUGUGAGAUUUCUUUUGUUAGAUGUUAUGAGUGUGGCAAGAAAUGUCACAUAA